CCCGGCAGCGGGCGGCUCGGCGGGGCUUGGGCGCUGCAGCCUGCGGUCCCACCGCCUCCCCCAGCGCCGCUUCGCCGCUCUCCGAGGGGCAGAGGCAAAGGGAUGCCCAGGCGCAGCAUCGCGGAGGUGAAGGUGCUGGACGUGCAGAAGCGGCGCAUCCCCAACAAGCACUAUGUGUACAUUAUCAAAGUCACGUGGUCCAAUGGAUCCACAGAAGUUAUAUACCGACGGUACAGCAAGUUCUUCGACCUGCAGAUGCAAAUGCUGGACAAGUUUCCGAUGGAAGGAGGGCAAAAGGACCCCAAGCAAAGGAUCAUCCCCUUUCUACCAGGGAAGAUCCUCUUCCGACGGAGUCACAUACGUGAUGUUGCAGUCAAGCGUCUUAUACCUAUUGAUGAAUACUGCAAGGCUCUGAUCCAGCUGCCUCCUUAUAUCUCCCAGUGCGAGGAAGUUCUCCAGUUCUUUGAGACACGACCUGACGACUUGACGCCCCCCAAAGAGGAACCCAUUGGAAAGAAGAGGUCUGGGUUUAUCCAGAGAACGGCCUCUUUCCUGCAGAGAGGAGCUGACUCUGCGUCGGUCGACCCCUUGGUGCUGGAGCAGUAUGUCGUGGUGGCGGACUACCAGAAGCAGGAGAGCUCCGAGAUCAGCUUAUGCGUGGGCCAGUUGGUGGAUAUCAUUGAGAAGAACGAAUCAGGAUGGUGGUUUGUGAGCACUUCGGAAGAGCAAGGCUGGGUGCCAGCAACCUGCCUGGAGGCCCAGGAUGGUGUCCAGGAUGAGUUCUCAAUGCAGCCUGAUGGAGUCCCAUGGAGAUACUGGUCUCUGCCCAGGCAUGUUGGCCGCCGUCGGACUCUUGGGGACUUGUACAGCAGUGGAUGGGGUCAAGAGGAGAAGUACACUGUUAUUUACCCAUAUACUGCAAGAGACCAGGAUGAAAUGAACCUGGACAAAGGGGCUGUGGUGGAGGUGAUCCAGAAGAACCUGGAGGGCUGGUGGAAAAUCAGGUACCAGGGCCAAGAAGGCUGGGCCCCUGCUUCCUACCUAAAAAAGGGGAAUGGAGAGAUGUUUUCACAGAAGCUGGGAGGCUCCUCUGCUCAUUCCUGUGCCUUGGAUCUGGAUGGCAUCUCCCGGCAGCAGGUCAUAGCAAGCCGAGAGAAGGAUGGACUCACUGGCCAAAGGGAUGGGAGAUUUGACAGCCGUCCCCUGCCUAAUGCUGACAUCCGCCGCAAGUCACCAAAGAUGAGGCAGAGACCCCCUCCUCGCCGAGAUCUCACCAUACCACGUGGUUUGAACCUGCCUAAACCUCCUGUCCCUCCUCAAGUGGAAGAAGAAUAUUACACCAUUGCUGACUUCCAGACCACCAUCCCUGAUGGCAUCAGCUUCCAGGCAGGAAUGAAAGUAGAGGUUAUUGAGAAGAACCUGAGCGGCUGGUGGUACAUUCAGAUUGAGGAGAAGGAAGGCUGGGCCCCUGCCACUUUCAUUGAUAAGUACAAGAAAACCAGCAAUGCAUCCAGGCCAAAUUUCCUGGCUCCGCUCCCCAGCGAGAUGGCCCAGCUGCGGCUCGGUGAUGCCACAGCCAACAGCACCACUAGCGAGGAAGCGACGGGACCGUGCCGUCCUCUGCCAGAGGCUCCUCCUAAUGGUACAGACUGUGGUGGGAAGUGGGCCAAAGACUGGAAGGGGAAGGAGACUCCCGAGAGUGGGGACGUGGCCUUUGCCAGCAGCUACGAGGAGAUCUCAGACCGUGACACAGAGGAGAAGCCCAGCCUGCCACCCAGGAAGGAGUCCAUCAUUAAAUCAGAAGGCGAGUUACUGGAGAGGCAGAGGCCUCCUCCCAAGCCUCCGGGCAUGAUUUUGCCCAUGAUCCCACCCAAGCAGUCGGCAGCUCCAAAGGACAGCAAGAAGCCCGAGCUGAAACCAGAGAAGGGCAAACUCUUCCAGCUGAAAAAUGAAAUGGGACUGGAAUGUGGACACAAGGUGUCAGUCAAGGAAGUGAAGAAGCCAAACCUCCGGCCCAUUGUCAAGCCAACCAAGCCAAAAGCUGAACCCGUGGAAGACAAGCCUGAGCCCAUCACCCAGAAUCCAUUCUUGAAGUCAAGACCUCAGAUCAGGCCAAAACCUGCUGCAGUCCCCCGAACUGAUCCACCUCCAUCUGAUGAUAAACUGGACAUUUGCAGCCUUCGGAGCAAGCUUAGACCUGCAAAGUGCCCAGAGAAGCCCUCUGAGCAGGACACCACUGCCAGUGAAAGCUCCUUCACUAAUGCCACAGUCUGUUCAGAGGCUUCUGGGAGGUUUCAGGAGCGACCAAGUAUGGAGAGCAAACCCCUUCCCAAGCCAGACAGCCUUGCUGUGAAAGAGGCACUGCCCAAAUCUCCCCUGGGCCCGCCAAACACCCCGUGUGCCAGGGAGCCUCCACCACAGCGCCCUGUUGUGCCACCCCGCAGACCACCCCCACCGAAGAAAACAAGUGGUCCUUCCUCUUGCCCCCCGGUGGAGGUCAGGACCCCAGCACGGGAAGCACCUGAAAUCAGGUCAUCCCUGGUGCCAGGAAGGCCCAUGCUGGUUCCUCCAAAAGCCAAGCCAUUCCUCUCUGCCUCCGUCCAAGAAGAAGCCAAAGUGAAAAGCAGUGCAAGCCCAAAGGUCAUAUCCAAGCCAGUGGAGAGAGGGGAAGCCAAGGAGAGGACCUCAGCCCUGUUCUCCAGCCCAGACAUCUCCAGGGAAGCUUUGUAUGUGGCAGUGGCGGAUUUUGAAGGUGAUGAGGAGACCAACAGUUUUAAAGAAGGGACUUUGUUUGAAGUUCGUGAGAAGAACAGCAGUGGCUGGUGGUUUUGCAAGGUCCUGACUGGGGGGCCAUGCUGGGAGGGCUGGAUCCCUUCCAAUUACCUACGGAAGAAGCCAUAGCCGCUCCUCUGCUUGCACAGCUAGAGGUUUCCUGGUCUCUCACCUGAGUAUUUAAAUUAGCAGAUUAAUUUAUAGUUUUCCAUGAGGCUGGCUAAAAAACAAAAAAAAAGGUAAUAAUUGAGAUCCCACGCCUUCCAUCUUGUUUGCAGCAGCAUGGAAGAAGCAGCUCGGUCUCCAUUCCCUACCCAUGUGCUCCUACCCCUACUUCUUCCCACAUUCCCUCGAGCACUUCACUCCCGUGGCUGCGCUGGUGGCCCAGCUGUGCAGCCAGGGAUGCUCUGGCCAAGCUUCAUGG